GCGAGACUUUUCGGGAAGCGCAUAGGUUUAUGGUCGCCAUGUUACCCUGGCAGAUAACACUUAACUCCUUCCUUGCUGUUGGCGAUGAAGACCACAGUCAGCCGACCUAUCGGUACGUUUUCUCGUGUUCUGGACCUUUACGGUCAUGUAUUCAUUGUUGUAGCUGUUAUUUCCUUCCAUCUAGUUCCUCAGUGGUUGGCAUAUGAGAGCUUUCCCUUGCUUGGUAGCUUACUAUGCUAAAAACAUUAGCCACCACCGGUUUAAAUAGCGACCCUGCUAACUUGUGACUUACAGCCAAAUAAGUCUGUAGUUGUUUGUAGAUCGCAAACACGUUGUAACACAGCAAGUGUCCUUGUUUGGAUUUCCAUUAUAUCGUCAACAAAUACAGGUACCUGGUUUUAAAUGUAUUUUAUUUAGAGAGUUUCCAGUAGCUGUUGAAACCGCGACAUCUGCAGACACAUUCCGCUGAGAGUCAGCGGAUAACACGGUAACUCCUCAGACCGAAACACUGGUAAGAUGACAGCUGAAAUCACUGUCCAAACAGUCCCCCACUGGCUAAAAUUAUCCUCAAGUCCAUCACGAGACGAUAACCAAACACGUAUAAAAAGUGAACAAAAUACUAAAUGCCGACUUUCAUGGCGUUUAUAUAAAAAUACUAGCAUGGAUGAAACAUUACUGUUGAUCGUAUUUAAAUUAACGUUACUAGAAGUGAUUUCAGUUGGCUCCCCUAAAAACACUCAUUAAUGGUUGUUCUUUUACACUCGGGUCUUUGACUUUACUCAAACCUAACAUUUCUAUUCAACAAUUAAAGUUUGUCGUGCUAAUUUCUUAUAUCUUUACAAACUGAAUGACAAUCACAAUCACUAAUAGCUAAUUUAUAAGUCUUAACAACAGGUAACCUAAGUAAGAUUUUUGAGAACUGAAUUGUCCGUCAUGCUGUGAAAGGUCGUCUAUUUUUGUUGCUCAGGAAUAGGUGACCCUGUUCAUUUCAAUCUAUUCAAUAACUUGUCAAAAACUGCUGACAGGAGCUCUAAUGUAAGUAACUACUGUUUUGCUUGGAUUCCCUCAGGCUCUUCUUGUGUAUUUCUCUGGUCACAGCUGAAUCACCAUGAGGAAGAGGAGGAUGAGGAAGAGGAGGGUAGUGAAGGUUCUCGUCUGAUGGAGGAUGUGGUUCUGCACUACUGGCCUGGAUCAGCUGCUGGGGUCAGCUCUCUGUUACAAACCACAGAGAAGCUUCUGGGGUCUUUCCCCUGUCGGACUCCCCCUGUCUUCGCCCCCUGGUUCCCCACCACUGCAGACAGCCACCUGCCCAUCAGACCAGCCAAACCAGCUCCCAUUAUCACCUGCUCAGGUGAUUUACUGGUCUCUGACAGCAGGCCUCAUGCUCACUCAGCACAAAGGAAACAGACAGAAGCUGAAGCUGAGCGUUCUGUUUCUGAACAGUUUCAUAAGAGAAUGACUAUCAGAGCAUCAGCUGAUCCACAGAAACCUGAAGAUGGUGUCUGUGUCCCAGAAACCCAAAACCAUCUCCUCCCACCCUCACUCUUUAACAUACCAGAGACAGAGAUCAGCAGAUUGUCUCCUGACAGACUCAAACACGGCCCCUCCUUCUCGAACUCGCCUCAGAAACGCACCUGGAGUGUUUUCACACAGAAAGAAGUUCUGCUGCAGAGCCCACAGUCCCUGUCUAAACACUUCCAACACACAGUGUCCAAACACCAGCUCCACCUCCGUCAGAGGGCCAAAUGGGUGAUCAGCCUGCACAACUGUGGGGGGAGCAGGGACAUUGAGCAGGUGAGGGAAUAAUCGACCUGAGAGUCUGCAGACAUGAUUACAGCUCAAAGUGGGGUUUCAUCUUUUUAACUAUGUAUGAGGUUCAGACAAACCUUUUCAUGAUCAUCAGGACAGGAACCGCAGAGUGACAUGACUACCUGUCUCAGACUUUGUUCCUCACUCAGCAGUUUAUUCAAGUGCCAGUGUGUAUGUGAAUCUUUAUACCCACAUCCCUCCCUGAGUUUCCCUAAACUCAGCCUUUCCCACCAACACAGCACAUCUGCAGAUUUUAUCUUUUCAUAACAAAAAAGUAUGUUGUUAUUAUUAUUAUUAUUAUUGUUGUUGUUGUUGUUGUUGUUGUUAGUAGUAGUAGUAGUAGUAGUAGUAGUAGUAGUAGUAGUAGUAUUAUUAUUUUCUGUCUAUCACAUAAAUAUCAAAAACUCCACAAGUGCUUGAAAUGUAUUAUUCCUUGUUGAUGUAUUUUCCUGUCCAUUGUUGUGAAAUGUGACAAACAGAAAAAUAAAAAUACAUUUCUGAAUAAUCUCUUCAUCCUUUCUCUCUCUCUCUCUCUCUCUCUCUCCUCUCACCCCUCACCCUGUGAACUUCACUCCUCUCUGCAGGUUUGGCGUUCUUUGAGCAGGUGCGUCAGGAGUUCCUCCCGGCUCCCGAGCUGUAAUGCCAAUAUCCAGAGGGAGCAGGCAGAGAUCUGGGUGUUCUGUGACGUCGUUCAGGCUGAACAGGUGGGACGUUUCCUGAAGGAUGAGCUGCAGCUGUCCGGGAGGAUCAGUCUGUCUGUUCACAGACUAGGACACAUUUUCAGCAUGUAGAUGAAGAAAGACAUCUGUGUGAACCAAAAGCAGUACAGACUCAGGGAUUUGGGACGUGUGUUUACAGUGACAGAUGUUAAGACCACACUGAGGUGUUUCUAUGAAAAAACAAACAAACACAUAUUUGGAUUUUAUGUCAACAAACAUGGAGUUUUAACUUUUUCAACUAAGGCCUCUUUUUAUAUUUCUGUGUUUUGGGCUCUGAUCAGCAGACAGCUGAAAAAGAUUUUGAGACUUUCCCAGAGACUGAGACUAAAUGGCUGAAAUUAAGAUUUUCAAGUCUGAAAGCAUCACAGAAUAAUCUCUACAGAAACAGUUUUUACAUAUCAGGAGGUUUUUGAGAUUAACACAGCCCACUUCAAAGCAACCAAACCAUCAGUGAAUAACAGCCAUUUUUCUUGACAGCAUGUAGGAGUCCUUCUAAAUCAGUGGGUUAGAUUAUUAAAAUGAUUGUGUGAAUUUUGUGUUGUGAAUGGUUUGUCUCAUUCAAUGCGGUUAUCAUAGAAUACACUAUUGUACAUUCACUGAGUGAAGCAGCUGGUAGACAAGCAGCUCAUGUGUUCUGGACAAUAAAAUACUGUAAAAUGUAAACACCGGAAACUCUUCUAAUACCUCUUCUUUGUCAUUUAAAAAGUGAACUGUGUCCUUAACACUGCUGCAAUCAAUCCAGUUUAAGAAUAACAUACAUUUUGUUUUUUUUUAUCAUGUUAUCAUAUUUUACACAGAAGGUGGCGAAGACAUAAGCAUGCUGGAUUCAUGCAAAGUCCACGGUGAAGUGUAUACAUCUUGUGAACUGUUGGUUUGGUCACCUAAUGAACAGAUGGCACUAGAAAGAUCUACACACCCGUAUACAAACUGCAUAUUGGUGAGCAUAGUAAGUCUUCACCAAGGGGAGCAGUUGAGGUCAAUGUAAUACUUGGAUCUCCCACUCAGAUCAGGCCAGGUCUUCUAGACUGAUGUGUUUUAUAAUUCAAAUUUUACUGUCAUUUUUUUUUUUUUUUUUAUAUCGGUGUAGUUUGGUGGCAUCAAAGAAACGCAUUUGUAGGAUCUGUUUCAGUUCCUUACAUCUAUUAAAUGUAAAAUAACAGAAAAAGCCCUUUAAUUGUGUACUAAUGACAUGAUAUUUCACCUAAACUUAAAGCAACUGCUGGUCUAUCUUCUGUUAUAAUUACUGCAUUGAAGAAUGCACAGAUGUAUCCGUUUGACAUACGUAGGUGCUAAAAUCUGCUCUGUUGACUGACAUCAGCACACCCGUGAAUAAAGUGUAAUGUGCCAAUUUUUAUCUGUAUAA